AUGCCGUAUUAUCCUUAUCCGUAUGUCGCCGCAGCUCAAUACCAACAACCUUCUUUCCAGUAUCAACCACAGAGAAGCAAUCAACAACCAGCUCCUGGUCAGAAAGAUCAAAAUCGACAAUACAACCGUGACAAUAGAGGGCGGAAUCAGGGGCAGAAUAACAGAGGAAACUAUGGCAAGCGCACUCAGUACGACAAGAUCCCAGUACCUUAUACAUACUUUGUACCAUAUUUGAUCCAUGUGAGGGCCAUUGUGCCAAAAGAAAUCCCCCAGGUUGUACCGCCUUACCAUUAUAAACAUAACCCCAAUGCCUCAUGCGCCUACCACGCCGGUCACGUGGGACAUUCCACCGAAGAUUACUGGCCAUUAAAAAAUAAAAUACAAGACUUGAUUAAUAGGAAAAUCUUGACCUUCUCGGAGGAAAAUCCAAACGUUAAGACAAAUCCCCUACCUAAUCAUGAUGGUCCUUCAGUCAGUGUCGUCAUUGAGGAAGAACCCGCAGAACCUGUGAAGUGGGUCGAUGAGGUGAAAACUUCGUUCUCUGUUGUGUUGAGAAAACUUGAAGAAUUUGGGUUUCUGGAAGGAGUACAUAGUGAUUGCUCAGUAUGUGAGUCUGAUCCAGAUGGUUGUGAGCAAUUGAGAGAAUGUGUGCAAGAAUUGAUGAAUCAAGGGUUAGUACAGUUCUCUAAGUCUAAAGCAGCAAAAGAAGUAGCGAAUACCAAGGCAGUGCCUUGGAAUUAUGAGACCACAACGUAUUUGGGAGGGAAAGAAAUCCGCAUUCCCGAUACAGAGAUCGUCAACAUCGCUGGAGCGGGAGGCAUGACUCGAAGUGGCCGUGUAUUCUCUCCUAAAUACACUCCUAUGGUGUCUCCAGCACCCACAGUUGUCUCACCUAAAGAGAAGGCAACUCCUACGCCGACUCUGCAGGCAGGGGCAACUGUACCCGCCACUCCGACCGUGACGACUGCUCCGGUAGUGACGAGAGUUAUUAACAAUGAUAAAGUUGCAGAGGCCGAGUUCCCCAAAGGGAAAGGGUCGAUGGUUGAAAAGGAACAAUUUGAUGAUCACAAGAAGAGUAUCACCUUUGAGGAAAGUCAAGAAUUCCUCAAACUGAUCAGAAAAAGUGACUUCAAGAUUGUUGAACAGUUGAAUCAGACGCCUUCCAAAAUAUCAAUUUUGUCUUUGCUGUUGAGUUCUGAGGCUCAUCGCAAAGCAUUGCUGAAAGUGCUAAAUACCGCUCACGUGAUGCAAGAUAUCACGGUCGAUCAAUUUGACGACGUGGUUGCCAACAUCAUCGCCAAUAGGUAUCUGGGAUUUAAUGAAGCAGAGUUACCUCCUGAGGGAAAGGCCCGGAACAAAGCACUACAUAUUUCGGUCACGUGUACUGACUCCCUCUUAUCCCGAGUCCUCAUUGAUAUUGGAUCCUCGCUUAAUGUACUGCCAAAAUCUACAUUUAGACAGUUAUAG